CAGUGUAACCGGGUACAGGAAUUCUCCACUAUCGAAGCCAUCACAUUUCCAAAAAAAUUGGUUCCCAAAUUCAAGAUCCGCAUUUCACUUUUCGAUAUUCGAAUAACAUCGCAAUAAGCUGAGUAUGGCUACAAAAAUUCAAAUUGCCUAUUCGUUGCACACACUGAACGCUCUCUCGACGGUAUUAGCUAUUGCCGUCAUGGGCCUUUGUUUGUGGCUGCGCUACGAGUGGGACUUUAAGCAUUACGUGUAUGAACUGGAAGCCCAGCAAGUGUUAUGGACCGGGCCUUACAUUCUUAUCGCCGCAUCCAGUCUAACAAUGGCUACGUCCGUCUUGGGCAGCUGGGCAACAGCAAUUGAAGAUUGUCGAUUGAUUUCACUAUUCGCGCUGGCUAGCGCAUCGUCCAUCGUUCUGGGAAUGGCUGGACUUGCCUACACCCUCAACCAUGGAAUCUACCACUCGGAGUUGACUCCAUGGCUGGAAGAGCGUUUUUGGGUCCUCUUUCACGAGAUGGAUUACAACGAAAGUUCCGCCCGCAUUCUGCGAAUUAUUCAGGAAAAUAUGGAAUGUUGCGGACCUUCAGACUGGAAAGAUUACCAAACAUUCAAUAAAGUUCUUCCGGACGAAUGUCGUAGUCCUGUGACUGGCAACAUAGCAGGAGGUAGCUGUGCGGAAGAAUUUGCUCGGUGGAUGGAGCCUAGGACCGGGUGGUUAUCUGGUAUUGCAUUAUUGCUGGUCGUCAUUCAGAUGGGGAGCAUAUUCAUUAGCUUGUGGCUACGCAAACUGAUUUUGUUAGAGAGAUCAAAAGAUAACAGGCCGUAUCGUUUAGUCGGCCAACGCACUAAGGUCUGAAGAAAACUGUACAUAAUUGGGGGAAUUGAAUUGCUUUUAAA